AUGGCAUCCGUUUCAUCGUUAGAUAAAGACCUCCGGAAUCUGCGGCUCUCCCGAUAUACGCCGCAGGCAGCCAAUGAAAUCCGGGAGUGGAUUGAGGAGGUACUCCAUGAGAAGCUGCCCAGUGGGGAUCUAUUAGAAUUGUUGAAGAGUGGAGUAAUUCUUUGUCGACUGGUUAAUCUCGCCGUUUCCCCGGGUGUCAAGUACAGAGAUUCAACUAUGCCCUUCGUCCAAAUGGAAAACAUAUCGCAUUUCCUCCGCGCAUGUCAAGUUGCGCCUCUGAAUCUCCAACCGCAUGAUGUAUUUCUUACUGUCGACCUCUACGAAUCGAAAGAUCCUGCGCAGGUACUACAAUGUAUCCGCUCCUUUAGUAGGAGAGCCAACGCACUUCAGCCGGGGAAAUUUCCGCGAGCGAUUGGCAUUAAAAGUAAGGGCGACGCAAUGAGCCCUCAACUUACUGGAUCUAGUCAGGGCGCUGGCCUUGGGCCACCUUCUUACGCUCGAGUUAGAGGCACUAGUAACGCUAGCGAAUCCCACUCGGCGACGUUUAGCCCCAUUGGAAAGGCUCCAACAUCUGGACGAAGCAGCCCUUCGAAAGUCUCCUCCAAUCCCACAUCACCCAAGCCUGCCAUUAGUGCCUGGACCAAUAAACAAGAAGAAAACACGACCAUACCAGCGUGGAAUAUACACCAAUAUGGAUACAUGGGAGGCGCAAAUCAGGGCAACCUUGGAAUAUCGUUUGGUGCUAGACGGCAAAUCACAAGCCCCAUGCCAGAUGUACCAAGCCUAGCGGAGAAAGAGAGGAAGAGGCGAGAAAGAGAGGCUGAAGAAGAAAAGUUAAGGUUGCAGCGAGAAGACCAAGAGCGCCGACAACGGGCAGAGAUGGAAGAAGAAAGGCGCGCCAUCGCUGAAGAGGAACGCAGAUGGCAGGAGGAAACGCUACGACUGAGAGAGAAAGAACGGAAGGAAGCGGAAGAAGAGAAGAAUCGAUGGGCAGAGCAGCAGCGCAGAUGGGAGGAAGAGGAGCGUCGUCGAAACCUUGAGGAGAAGGAAGCGGAAGAACGCCUGGAAAAGGAACGACUAAGGAAAAAGGAAUUAAGUAACGCGCGGCUGAAUGGCCAAUUUCUCAGCCAGUAUCAAGCGUCUCAGGGCAAGGCAUCCGUUCCUGCAUCUAGUGAAAGUGAACGCAUAAAAGAUCUCGAGCGGCAACUCGAGCUUGCCAAGGAAAGAGAGCGUGAGUAUGAGCGCGAGCGAGAGGAACUUUCUCGUUCGGGAGGUGUCCGCCAAGGAGGGGUGGAAUCGCGAAAGAAUCGAUCCCGGAGUCGUAGCCGUCCCCGCCCUAACCCUGGAAGGGCUAGCUACGAUGCAUCCUCUCUAGUGGAAGAGCGCAAGCUACUCAGAUCCGAAUGGCAGUCUCUCCAGGAUAGUGCUCCUGGAAAUUCUACUCCACCAUCUCUACCUCCACGAUCUCUCCCGGAGCCGCCAGAAAUACUACUAAAAAAUACGACUAUAUCAUCGCCAUCCCGGCCGCUACCAGAUCCCACGAGCUACGUUCAUAAAACUCGCACCGAUCGUUUCUUAGACCAAAACCAGGCUCCUCAACCUGCCCACCCGACUUCUCACAAGCCUCGAGAUUUUUCAUCAACAUUAGAAAUUGAUGAGGAGAAUGCCAGGCGUACCGCCUCAACCCAGAAAACUCGAGCUGGGGGCUGGGCUUCUAAAUCGUUACUUGAGCGCGAAAUGGAACGGGAGCGCGAACGCCAGCGCGAAUGGGAGGAGAGCCAGAAGCAAACAAAGGAAGCCGUGAAACGAGGGAUCAAUACAGCGGGUACGGCACCUGGGGAGGGUGCGUGGGACGUGAACCAAUAUGGCUUUAUGGGUGGAGAUAACCAGAAUAGGGGCGGUCCCGGACUUUUCGAAGGUGCGAGGAGGCAAAUCAUCGGCCCACGCCCACCACCUUAG